GCGGACGUCACCAAACGUAACGUUUGUUUUUCGUGGGAGUUUUCCAAAAAAAACUGAUUUAGUGGAAAAUAUCAAUGACAAUGGAAUCAAAACACACACAAGCGAUUUUUCCUUGGUACAGGGAAAGAUUGCAAACAAAGUAUCUUAAAGCCCCGGCAAACAAGCUGUCAUCAGUCAGCAGCUGUUGCCGUUUUGUAAACACAAGCCUCGACGACUUCAGCGUCUACUCAUCAGUGGCACCCGGGGCCCAGAGAGGAGGAUCACCGGUUAUUUUCUGGGACGCGCUGCAGAACAACUUCAGUCAAAAGCCGAGAAAGAGCAUCUCUAAAGAGCAUGCCUGCUUCUCGAAGCAGAUGAUCCAGAAGCAGAUGCGGAAAGAGUAUGUCGCUUCUGUGGAGGAACAACUCAAACAGCACCUUCUGACUAUGCACCCCACCUAUAAGGAUCACCUGACCCCUGAGUUAUUCAAUCAGGUGGUGGCUGUUUUGGACCCAGAUAUGUGCGUAAGAGACACCUCUGCACUUCCUGCACCUUCAGGAGACCACGCACAGGAGGAGGAAGAUGAGGAAAACUGUAGUGAGCCAAGCAAGGAAGAAGCAGCCAGGCCAAACCAGAAAACAACCAAACCUAAAACGCAUGACGUCCAAAAUCCAGCUCCAAGAAACCCUUACGUAAUCCAAGCAAACGUAAAGGGCAUCGAGAGGGACCGGGCGGUCUCCGUGAAACAACCGAGCACAAUUAAGGACAUCAAAGUAGCUGCCAGAGGUUUCAGGAAAUAG